AUGUGUUGGACACUGUGGAUUAUGGUAAUCGCUUCGGGCACUAUUUGUGUGCGAGAACUUGAGGCAUCCGUGCGCAUUACCAACUAUACGGACGAGUGGGAUCCCAAAUAUCUAGAUGUGGAUUUGCGUGUUCGUCGGCUGGACCAAACCACGGCAAUCGAUUUUGAUUUGGAUCUGAAGCAAGAGCUCGACAAAAAUGUUGAGUACGAUGUUCGUUUGUGUAAACGAGUGGCCGGAAAAUAUCAUCAGAUGAUGUACACGGGAAAGCAGCAACUAUGCGGGAAGGAAUUACGGAGGUCCCGUAACCUUUUGGAUCGCUACAUUGCCUCGGAACUGGUGAAACAUUCAAACCUAACCACACGCUGUCCUAUUAAGACGGGACACUACGAGGUUCGCAAUUUUGAAAUUGACGACCGGCAUCUGAUGAUGAGUGUUGUGCCUUCCGGUGAGUUUCUAAUUGAGGUCGGUGUGUAUCAUCGGGGCAAGGAAAUCAAAAUGAAUCGUUGGUUUGUAACGGCAACGUAAAAUUAAGAUAAAAAAAUACGAAAUCGUUUGAUGGUGUUCGGGAAAAGUAAUUAUGAAUCUGAUUUUAACGAUGGAAAGAUUAUUACAACCUUAGAUCAAUUGCUGUAGGUUUGGGUGUAGUGAUUUUUAUGAUAUUCGUUGGAGAGGAAAAUGUUAAUCUAUUUAUUGGAAUUAAUUUGAUUUGCAACCCUUGUACCGUUCUGUAAUACAAUCAACAUUUUUGGGUGUGUUAGUAAAAAGUAUAAACUUUGAUUUACAGCAAACAUAACCAGUUUUAUGCAGUUAUCAAUUUAAGCCUACCUAGUAAAGUUCCCCGAAACACGACGUCCAUCUUUGGGCCGGUGUAUGUCUGUAACAAAACCCCGAACUUUCAUGGAGGCAGAAACGUUGGCAAACGCAUGUAACUUAGCGAAGAGUUUUGAAAACUCAUCAGACCCUUCUCAAUAGGACACCGGGUUGGCAUUGGUCCGUGAUGCCGUAGGUCGUCGCGUAUUAGGUUCAUCAAGCGAUCGAGAGAUGGCCGCACGAGAAACAGACAGAAAUCGAACGUCUUGUUGUAUAUCCAAUUUUCAGUCGUUUUUGUACGUACAAAAUAGCCUGUAUUCAUCUGCACAAAAAAAAGUCGAAAUUGAGUAAAUUAUCAUACCUUGACAUCAGGAAGACGUUCAAGAACAUCUAUAAUCCAAUCCAUUGUGGAGCUGUCGCGAGAUGUACGAAGUGUGCCGGUGAAAUUACAGUACUUGCUGCCUGUAAAAUCCAUUUUGUACAGUAUGGGAAUGAGCUGAAAGAUACGUAAAAGUUAGUCAAAUAGUUAAAACAAUCAACCAGACUAAAUGCUUCUUUUAACUACCUUUGCAUUUUUUUCCAAUCUGCCUGAAGAACUAUUCCCUGGAGCAGCAGCGUAAAUGCAAGAAUAAGGAACAUGCGAACCAUAGUGAACAAACACUACCAAUUGAACCAUUGGUUGAAUUGGCUGUACAUUUAUUUAGAAAUGUUCGCUGUUGGAAGCUAAUUGCAAUGAAAAUCGCGUUUUAAGUGUUCCAGAAAGAUUAAUUG